AGUGAAUUAAGAAGACUGAGAUAAACAAGAACUAAAGGCCAGACGUUAUGCAGUCCUAAAUGGAGAAGAAACAGAGGAGACACAGAAUAUGGAACAAAACAGGAACUAAAAUGCCAAAGUUCCCCAGUAUUAGGACAUGCUCUGAAUGGAUCAGCUCACCAGCUCCAUCCACACCAUAUGGAAAAGUUUCCCAAGGAACAUAAUCACAAAUUUCUCCAAUGCACCUGUUAUUGUUAAUGAAUUUGACUCCUUUUCAAAUCACUGCUGAAGGAGCUGUGAGCAGACAGGUCACUGAACACAUGGUUUCUGGAACAUCCCACAACUACAACAUCGCCUGAAAAGUACCUUAAUCACAACUUCAGACUGCCUGCCUGCUGCAUAUUUGCAAAUUGACACUGCACCAAAUCACAUGCUCAGUGUAGCUCUGGAUGCUUAAUCAGCCAGAUUUUCAAAGCUACUUAGGUGCCUAAAGAUGCAGAUAGGUGUCUAGUGAGAUUUUUCAAAAGUGUCUCAGUCAUUACCUCUCAUUGAAACCAAUGGGAGUUAGGUGCCUGUCCAUCUUAGGUGUUUUUGAAAACCCCACUUGGCACCUAAAUCCACCAUUGAGGCAUCAUUAACAUUUUCAAAGCUGCUGCCUAAUCCCCUAGACAGCAAAGUUUCAGCUGGCCUGCAGUUACAAACCUGCCUAAGCCCUGAUACCACCCUACAGCUAGCAAACUGCUUGGAGAGCUGGAGGCAGGCUAGCGCCAGGUGGAGGUGCAGCAGAGCACCCCCACAAAAGACACCCAGGGGAAUGGAGGGUGAGAGUGAGAGAGCUAGCAGGCAUGAGCAAGUGAAAGAGAGAGAGGAUUUUGGCAGCUAGGGCAAGGGCUGGCCUAAGUGUCUAACUCUAGGAGGGGGUAUAUAGCUGAGGCUCCAGAGUGAAGAGAGGCACCUUUCUUUGGCCUGUCAGCCAGACACCCCAGGUCAGCCAUUUAAGCUAGGUACUAGCGUGAAACCUACAAGUCACUUCACAUACCAGUGGGCAGUUCAGCCAGCAGCCACAUACAUGAUGGUGGUAACUUCCAUUCUCUAGCGACAGCAGCCAGCUUUGAACCAGUUACCUAAAAUAAAGAACUUGCUUCCAGGCUCAGCGUUUGAUCUACUCUUGGGUUUGAGCUCUUAGUCAGCAUGCCUGCCGAUUACAAUGGGACGUGGGAAAUGGAAUCCAAUGAAAACUUCGACGGUUACAUGGUUGCCUUAGGCAUUGAUUUUGCCACUCGUAAGAUUGCAGGACGCUUGAAACAAACGAAGGAAAUUAUUCAAGAUGGAGACAAUUUUAAGACAAAAACACUGAGCACUUUGAGAAACUAUGAACUGAAUUACACUGUGGGAGUGGCGUUUGAAGAACACGCCAAGGGGCUUGACAACCGAGUUGUUCAGACGCUAGUGAAGUGGGAUGGUGAUAAAUUAGUAUGUGUCCAGAAGGGGGAGAAGGAAAACAGAGGCUGGACACACUGGAUUGAAGGAGAUAGACUGCAUUUGGAGCUGACAUGUGAAGACCAGGUGUGCCAUCAAGUAUUUAAGAAGAAAAAGUAAGCGGACCAGAAAGUCCAACUGGUUUCACAUGUGCUAUUAUGCUAUUUUUUUUUUAAUCUCUGUAAUGACUGCUUGACACUGCCAUGUAAGUACAUUUCUGUGCACUGUUAUCUAAGACAAACACAUCCUUUAACACCAACAUGG